AUGUGGGUGCGAGAUUAAAGUUUUGGCGGCGGAGCAGUGUCUGACUCGACUAUAUUACAACGGCUCCGCCGCCAAAUCUCACUCGACCAUUACACAAUACCGCCAGCUCUGCAGGCUACAGAUUGUAUGGACAGGCGGGUUACCUCACCUACCUGGAGUCCCCCACCUCCAUGUAAACAGGUCCCUAAAACAAUCAAAAGUCGAAUGUGUUUAGAGUGUAUGAAUUGCUGGACGUUUCGUUUAUUCCGGUCACAAAUAUUACAAAUGAAUAUUAAAAGAGGCAAAUUGAAAUCUGACGAAGGAAAAUUGUUUUCCUAGAAAGAAAGUUGAACAAACAAAAUUAUAACCAAUACCUAAGGCAUUUGAAUUACUGAAAUUUCCCCAUUGCAAAUUUUUUUGCGAGCAAGUACGUGCUUAGCCUACGAACAGCAGACGCAUUUCUGGUUGUCGCUUCUCUCCCUCCGCUAUUUUUCGGAGGGAGAGAAGCGACGACCGGAAAUGCGUCUGCUGUUCGCAGGCUAGUACGUGCUUCUUCGAAAGUCACGUUCAUAACUGAGAGGAUUCGUUUCCCUUGACUUCAGCCUUCGGAUCUUUACGUCAGUAGAACCUAUAUUGAACUCAGCGUGUCACCCGGCUUCCCUUAAAAAAGGAAGGAAAGCUAUUGGUAUACGUGAUGUAAAAGAGUAUAUAAUUAUUCUUAAAAUUUCUGCCGCUGUUAGCGUUGUUUUAUCGCGAUUAUUGCAUUAGCUUUUAGAGUGGGAAAAUUUGAAACUUUUGACAAGCAGAAGGUAAGAUCGCUUUCAUUUUGUGCUUCAUGACUUGAAAUAAUCACUAUUAGUAAAAUCCAGCCAGUGGUCUAUUAUCAAUGCUGCGUUCUGAUUGUUUGAGCUACUACUAGGCUAUAUGUUAUAGCCCACUAGUAGCGAAAAGCGCCGGAUUUUUGGCGGCAAAAAGGAUUAAAGUCUUGCUUUAAGUUGUUUUGUCUCAAUAUUUUUGACCAACUACUUGGAUUUUACUAAAACAAUUAUUCCUCUCACCUUCAUGGCCUCUGAGGUAAUAGCCCAUUCAGCCUUCGGCCUCAUGGGCUAUUGACUCAGAGUCCAUUAGGGAUCUAGGAAUAAUUGUUAAUGAUCACUUCAGUGCCACCCAACGAGUAAAAAGACAAAGAACCUACGUUUUCCCAAGUUAGUCUCAUUCAAGUGGUUCUUCCAUAAAUAGUAAAUUUAGGUUAUUUACGUUUUUGAAUAGGAUUUUUAUUUUUUCGAAAAAUACAUAUUGUUGUUGCGAGAAUGUAGGGCUAUAUAUAGCCUAUUUCUUCUGUAAACUGUCCAAACCAAAUCACUGUUUUUGCAAAAAUCACUGUGACAAGAAAAAUUAAAGCACUAAGCACAUCAAUUUUUAAGUCUUCCUUCAGAGCUCACAUCUUUUUAAAUAGACAUAAAUUAGACCCUGUUUUAAGGCUAAACAGGUUACUGUAAGCUGUACGCUACAUGCAUAGACUGGGUCUACAGCUAUCUGGCAAAUUUUUGCCCAACAGAUUAUGGAAAUCUAGAUUCUUACUUGCAGGGUAACACUGUAUUCAUUGAAAUGGGUUUCAAAUAUGGUUAGAGCAGCAUGAACGCCCGAGCGAUUUAAUAAUUCCGGUGCACGAUGAUUAUUUGAUAACUCUUAGAUAUCGUAUGGAAACAAAUACUGAGUGGAACCGAUCCCGCCAUCUCAAUUCACACUAUUCGAUCAUCACACUAUUUUAACUCUUCGACUUAAAACCCCGAACGAACACUUGUUUUCAUGGCCCCACAUUUAUAUGGUCGUUCAGUUAUCGCAACUGUUUCUAUUUUUUUCUCUUGUCCAAAGUGUUAUUACGGUCGGGUGGCGAAAGCGAAGCUCAAAAACAUGCCCUUAAAAUCAGUCAAAAAGCAUAACGCUGAAACCUAUCCGCUUUUAGGCCUCAACUGAUUUGAAUGUUAAAAACAUCAUUUAUUUAUUGAAUCAUUUAACAGGACAUUUCCAUUCCUGACCACCUGAUGGCGAGAAGCUGUCCUAAUUCAACACCAAGUACCGUGACCAAAACUGGGGCGUUUGAUGAUGAUACAUUAAAAGGUAUGAAAAAUCUCCUCGAUUCUAUUCCAAUCUCGAUUAUUUGUCCCUUAUCCCACUAUAUCAAACCUCACACAAUAUAUUUGCUUCUGAUUUUGAUGGUGUUCAAUAACGCUGCGCUACAGUAGUCGGCAGAUGUCAGUGCCACAUGGAAGUGAGUCCAUAUUAUAAAUGGUAUCACGCGCAUGUAAGGAUGGGGAGGAAUUUGACCUAGUGGAGCGAAUUUGACCUGCAGCCCCCAAGUUCCGAUGCCGGGAAGAUUUUGGAGUUUCGAGUUGAUCACUACGGCUUAAUGUCCUUGAGGGCAGGCCUCGCGUGACUAAUACUAUACAAAAAACACUACUAUUGUGGACACAGUUCAUGACCUUAAAGCCAAUAAGGCCUUUUAUUUGAUAAGAUAAUUUGAUCGAUGACACCAUCUAGUACCCAAUUCACAGGCUCACGUGCAUAGGACUGUCCUGAUCGUACAUAUAGCUUGUGAUGAUAUGCACAGCAAUCGCCGAGGUUUACAACAACGAAGGCGACAGUGACUAUGAAAGAGGAGACUUUUACAGUGCCAUUGAAAGUUACACUCAGGGAAUCAAAACCAGCUGUAAGGAUGACAAGCUCAACGCCAUUUUAUUCACAAACAGAGCAACUUCCCUGUUAAAUUUGGGUAAGAACUCACACAGUGCGGUCCUUUGUUAGGAUUGGUUUUCGAUUUUCCAUUUCUUUGGACUCCUUGUGUGUAGGUCUGUAUAUCCUUUUUCCGCGAAGGCCUCUUUGCGUCAUAUGGAGCUUACCUUUUUUGUUUCUUUGUUUUGUUUUGUUUGUUUUAAUUAGUUAGUUACCGUAUUUAUUCGAAUAAGCGCCCAACCUCGAAUUACUGCCCACCUCCAAUAAGCGCCCAUCCUAAAAGCAGAGAAAGUUAAUAAGCGCCCAGCCUCGAAUAAGCGCCCACCCCCCCCUCCUCCCAAUCAAACUCAAAUCAGCGCUCACCCCCACCCCACCCACUUGAGUGAAUAAAAUCUAAUAAGAGACUUCCCCGAGGACGGCGUUUUCUUCAGAGUAUUUUACAGAAACCUUGCUUUGUUAAUUCUUUGCAAUUUGUUAUCAGCAUUUAUUGUUUUGUUGCAAAAUAAACAUACUUCACUUGCUGAAAAUGGUGAAAAUUUAAUAAGCGCCCAGCCUCGAAUAAGCGCCCACUCUCAAGGUCCAAAAAUUUAAUAACCGCCCAGGGCUGUUAAUGGAAUAAAUACGGUAGUUAUUUAAUUAGUGAGUGAGUGAGUGAGUGAGUGAGUGAGUGAGUGAGUGGUGAGUGAGUGAGUGAGUGAGUGAGUGAGUGAGUGAGUGAGUGAGUGAGUGAGUGAGUGAAGUGAGUGAGUGGGUGAGUGAGUGGGUGGGUGACUGAGUGAGUGAGUGAGUGGGUGGGUGGGUGGGUGAGUGAGUGAGUGAGUGAGUGAGUAUGGUAUAGUAGUAUAGUAUAUCUUCAUUGCGCCCUUACUCUCCAAAGGGAGGCAUUGGUCUAGUUACAAUAAAGGUUUCAUCACUACAACAAAUUAUAUAAAAGAAGAACAGAAACAACAAAAUUAUACGGCAUGUACCAUUUCGAUAAUAAUUAUACUAUAAUUUAAUCAACUAAUCAAUUAGAUUUUUGACUCAGGGUCUGUUUUCUUUUUUUAAACAUUAGAUGGGCAUAUUUUGUUAUAACUUGUGAAGUAUUGUCAUUGUCUAAUCUGAGUAAAUAUAUAGAGGAUAUUACACGGUGGCGCGAAGACAUGAAUUUUAUUUUCGAGUGGCAAAACAAUAUUUUACUCACUCGCUGCGCUCGUUCGUAAAAUAUUGUUUUUGCCAUGUUCUUUUUAUUAUAAUUUAUAGAAAAAAAGACAUCUUUAAAAUAAUAGAUUUUUAUUAGCCAAAAAGUAAUUGUGACGGCUCAAAUUUACAGCACAGCAAUAUAAGAUGUUGUUUACAAUAUUCUUGAGAAAUAACACUUAGCCGAAUAAGGCUCUACAAUGACAAAAUAUAAGCAAAGCUUUGAAAAAUGUGUAAAUAAAAUUCAAAAGACGCCUACAAAUUUUGGAGGGAAGUUAGCGAAAUUAAGUCAUCGAUGUGUGAGAUUAUGGAAAAUAAACCACUCGGGUCCCGGAUGUAGUUUUUAUGAAUUUUACGAGUGGUAUAUUUUCCAGUAAAACACUUGUGUCUAUGUAAUAAAACAUUCUAUCAUGAUCUGUUAAAUUGAUGAAGGUUAAUUGCAUCAUUGGGAAUUAGUACGUCUUGAUCAGAACUAUGGCGAGUGAGACGAGAUUGGCCAGUGAUCAGAAAUAUGAAAAUAAAGUUUCUGUCUAAGACUAUGGUAUUCAGUAAAAUCAAUUAAGAAGUGUUUCUUGUCUUCUAUGCAGUUUCUUUUGCAAACUAAACAAAGCCUUUCGUCUACUGCUAUAGAAGCUACUUCAUUUUCAUAUUUACCUGUUUGUAUAAGUAAAGUAUGAACUCCCAAUCGCAGUUUAGUCAUACUCAUUCUAUGAGCUGGAUUUCUAACUAUCUUUAGGUAUUCUUCCAAGCGAUAAUCUUUUUUAAUUUCCUCGUUUGUAUAUUUUUGUGUAGAGAGAGCCGAAAUGUCGUUUUGAGCUUUAAACCAAUCUUUGAGAAAAUUUUUCUGCAACUGUUGUUUAAUGCUAGAACGAGUGUUCUUAACACAUUGCUGGUUUUUUAUUACCUGGAUUUUGUAGUACAUUUGUAUUGUUCCGUCACUAUUUAAUAAACUAGUAAUAGUUGACACUACAGCUGCCCCCGCUCUGUAUAUUGUCGGUCUAUAGUAUUCUUGGUCGUUGUGUACCUCUUUGAAAUAUACCGAUUCAUAAAUAAGAUGUUCACACAUAUUCCAUACAAUAGGUGAGAUAAAUACAGGACAUAAACGCAAGGUUCCAUGCACAGUUUCCGUUCGAUUUACACAGCUUUGAUUAAAACAUUCUCAGUUUCGAGAAUAGUUUAUGCUAAACCAUAAGAAAAGAUUUAAUUAGAAGUUUAAUUUUUCGCUAUUUCUAUUUCACUUUUUACAUUUUGUUCAUUUUAUUUGCUGGAAGGUAAGCGUUAGAAAUUGAAAGAAGGUUUGAUCAAUUUACGCUCGCGUAUUCUAGUCUUAUUUUAAACUUUAUAGCGGAAGGACAUCUGUGAGCAAGGAAUAAGUCAGCCCAGAAUUUGAUGGUCGGCGAAUUUCUGUAAUCGUCCAUCGUUCUGCUACUGAUAAGCUAGCCGUUGAAUCAUUCGCUCGUCUUGCUUGUUUGGGGCCGAGUCUUAUUCCGGUCAAAGAAAGAAGAGAGUGUCUGGCAAGGUUUCCAAUCAAAGAUUUGUGAACUCGUGUCUGGCAAACUCACUUAGUGUUAAAAUAUACACUGUUAUACGCACCUUAUAACUUCAUCUGCGCUUAACGAGUGUCUUUUGGUCUUUUGGUCCAUAACUUUCAUAACAACUGCUCCACUGAAUGUCACCGAUCACACGUAAAGUAAAGGAGUAUCGACGUACGACUGCACAAUUAAUGUCACGAACAAAAUCUACCCAUUGUAAGCGGUCCCUUUUACGUCAUCCUAACCAUUUCGUACUUGCGGGCGCAAACAAGAGAAACGUCAUCAUUACCUACCGAUUCCUCGCGGCCCUUGUUCAAGGAAAUCGAGAUUUUUUCUAUGUUGACUGUAUGACUGUAUAUUUCAACUGUAAGUACUUUCCUUGAUAUACGCGCGAGUUACUAGACUGCCUCCUCGGGAUUUCACCUUCUGGGCGAAAUCCCUGCGGGGGCAAUCAUAAAACUGACUGUGAUUUCUUUCGUAAAUAAUAGCUUCAUUUAAGAGAGGGUUGUCUGAUUUUUGUUCUAAUCUUUGCCAGUAACAUAAAAGGGAGGCCUUUAUGUCUAUAGAUAAAUGGUAUCGGCCAAGUUCGGCUCUUGUAGGUUUCAAAUUCGUCUGUAAACUUUAAUAGUCUUUCAAGCUUCUCAUCAAUUUCAGCGAGACGAGCAUUUGUUGACUUGCAUUUGGGGCAGCCAUGGCUGUCGUCCUCGAAGACAUCCUCGUCUGUUUGUGAGCUUCCUUCUCGUCUACGCUUCAUUUUUCUUUCUUUGAGAGCCUCUUACCAAUGUAACUUGGGUUCAACAUGUUGGUCGAGUUUGUGGGAGUUCUUCCUUUGGUUAUUCUUCCAGGGUACUUCAGUUUACCCUUCAUCUCAUCAACCAAUAUUCGCAAAUUUGAACAGGAGUGGCCGACGAAGGGCCUCUUUAUGGAUAAACUACCACUUAUAUUUUCACAUUUUUUAUCCAACAGGAGACUGUGACGCUGCUUUGAGUGACGCAAGAACAGCGAAAAAUCUUGAUCCAACUUAUAUCAAGGCAAUAGCGACAGGUGAAUUCAAAGGGGAGAGACGACAGUUAAAUUGUUGUUGUUCGAAAUAUCUAUAUGACGUAACUGUUUAUCAACAGGAUGCCUAAAAUAAUUGCAAUUGCACAAUUAGUUUCGGCCCAAGGAUCCAUUUCUCGAACGUCCCGAUAACCUUUCGGGCCCGGAAAGCUGUUUUAUGUAAACCGUGUUUGCAUUCAAGAUCAAAGUUGCAAUAUUUUUGAAAACGAUACAAUGAAAAUAUCAGUUAAGGAAGCAAAAUUGACUGGUUUGUGAGCUAGGAGCUUGCAACAAUUCAACAAGUUUUGAUUUCAAAAUUUACCUUCGGGCCCGAAAAGUUUCCGGGCCUAUCGAGAAACGAAAUCCCGUCGAUGUUUCGAAUUAAUCAAAGGGAGCAGAUAAAGCAUUCCCGCUCUCAUGCCAUGUUUACUACUCUCAUUCCACCAAGCCUCGAUGUACAGUUUCCGCUCUGUGAAACACUUUAAUUCUUUUAUACACCGUAAAAUCAUGCUUGUGAUCUCAAGUUUUUAAAUUAUACAAGGUCACAGCGUCACAGUACAACAUGCCAUGCAACGGCUCUGCCACUAUCAACAAUAGGCCAUUUGCACUAAGAGGCAUGUGACAUCGUUUUUAUGAAAAUGAAAGUUACAUGAUUUUGCCUUCGAAAAACGAUUAGUGGGUCAUAUGUUAAACAAAAUAAUAGUCAUUUGGUUUUUCAAACCCGCACCAUUUUCUUAAAAUGAAUAAGUUCGUAAAUGGUCACUUGACCAAAAUGUGAUUUUUAAAAUUAAGAAUUACCUCUCUCUGAACACAAAUUUUGCAAUUAAACUUCAAGGAAAAUGUUAAAAAGAUGAUGUGAUAACGUUUACAGCACAUCUGAGCGUAACUAUGAAACGUUGAACAAGAUAUAAGCAAGAAGUAGUUUUGUCCGCCAUUUUGGAGGGCAAAAGCAUGCCCUUCAACAUGACGGCCAAUACAAAUCAUACGACUUUGCUGAAAAAUCAAAGUGCCAUAAAAUAUCUCCCUUAAAUGCGUUUCCUCUCAAAUUUCGGGUGUAAGAUAAUUUUUGUGUGCUCUAACAAUUUUUGGCAUCAGCAAGAUUCCAACUCAUUGUUUAAAGGAAGCAUUGGUUUCGUGACCUCUUAGUGCAAGUGGUCUAUUGAUGUGUAAGGUUUACCCCAAAUAUAUGAUUCUUCCUUACUUUAAGUUAAUGACAAAUUUUGUUCUGUUAUCGGUACGCACGUAUGGUAUUCAGAAAUGAACAAUGAAUAUAUGGGGGCUUAUUACCGAAAUAUUGCUUUUGCUAAUAGAUAAACAAUCUUAUAACCAAACUGAGCUUAUUAGCUGGGGUUUAUUUUACGUAGUUACAGUAUUUUUACUAUGCCUUUGGAUGCGGCGGUCUUAGUCACGUGAUUGUAUUUUUUUAGGAGCGAGCGCCUGUAUGAAGCUGCGUCUCUUCAGAGUAGCCAUCAAGUGGUGCGAUGAAGGAUUAACAGUAUCCUUUGACUUUAAAACUUUUUCAGCGUGCUCAUGUAUUAACACACAAUACCAAUACCACAAUUAAUGUACUCCCCCUCAAUGAGCUUUCGCCUCCAUUAAAGACCUUAAAAAGACGGACACCUCCCUAAAAAGACACCAGUAUUGGUCCCCGCAGUUUUCAGUUUUCAGUUUUUUGGUCUCUUUAAAGGGGGCACCACCUCUCUAAUAUGGAUACUUUGUGCUGGUCUCAAAGGGACCCAUCUUAGAGGAGGUUGAAAGAUAAAAAUGAACAACUUUUUUGUUUACCCUCAGCGCGCUAGUAGGGCCAAGCAAAUCAAUGACUGAAGGAAACCAUCUAAAUCAAGCAUAACAAACAGCGUUAAAUAUCCCAACUGGCUACCUACAAAUAUGGUCGAGGAUUUAAACACGAAGCUACUUGAACGAAUCCAGCAAGCGGGUCGGGGAGGGGCGGUGGGCUUGAACUCGGGGCCUUCCAGACCCUUCCAAGUUUACCUUUUGGAUCAUUAUACGUUUCUGGAAAACUGCCCACCUACCCCUCCCCUAAGCCAACAUUAACACUUACUUCUCACUAAGGGGGUGUUUACAUGACACCGGGGCGACUUUCGUGCCGGCACGAGUUCACUCCGGUUCCCUCUCAUGGCUCUAUAUUUGUUUACACGAUACCACCAUAAAAUAUCAUUCCGGCGCGAGUCACCCCGGCGUGAGUUCACCCCGGUUGUUGUACCUGGGCGAGAAUUUCAUUCCGGUACGAAAUCUCGCAACGGUAUCAUGUAAACGCGAGACGACAACCGUUUCGGCGUAAAAUCGGUCUGCCGAUAGACUGGAACGGGUAGCGCAUGCGUAAUGUUUGCGAUUUUGGAUCACACGUGUAUUUUAUCAACAUAAAGUGUACCUUCAAAUAACGAGAUAUGAAAUGACCCAGUCAUCAUGUAAAUGUGAUAGGAAAUCAAAAAGUCAUCCCGGUAUGAAACUCGCGCCUACGCGAGUUUUCUCAUGUAAACACCCUUUUAGGGCAAAAUGUUGGCUUAGGGGAGGGGUAGGUGAGCAAUUAUGAUAAAGACAAGUUAGCGAAUGUCCAUCGACACUGCUUGAAAGUUUAAAAGUGGUACGUUGACAGCUGCUCUACAAAGUAGCCAAAUCUUUUUAUGGUAGGGGGCAAGUUCAAGCCCCACACCAUACAAACGCCAGGAAAAUUCGCUGAAUUUGCGAAGAUAUAUCUUUGUUAGUUUUCAACAAAUCACGUUCAAACUUGCCAUCUUUACUUAUUUAAGACGUUCUUUUUUGUCGUUCUUUCCAGCCACGCAGCCCUUAGAGGGUCAUUAAACGUUUCUGGGAAACUGCCCACAUACAACAUUAACACUUUCUUGUCACUUGGGGCAAAAAGUUGGCUUAAGGGAGGGGUAGGUGGGCAGUUUCUUAGAAACCUGUUAUGACCCCAACCUUGACUAUACUUGGGUGAGGUGCCACGCACACCUAAUCUCUUGAGUCCGUCAUUGAAACUGAGUGCCGGUUCGUCACUUUGUUUCAGCUCCCCAUUGCUGUCAACAAUAGGAGGGUGAUGGCUCCCGACAUUACUCUUACUUGCUACAACUUCAAAAGUUACGUGUCUUAAUUCUCGAAAGAUCGACAAGGAAAACACGACACUAUUAAAACUCAAAAACAUAACUCUGAAGAGCAGAGAAAAAGUGGAGGAGACGUUAGAGUCUGGAAAAGCUGAAGCUAAGGUAGUCUUGUGCAUCCUUGCUUUAUAAUUUUUUCACUGCACUCUUUUAUCAGUAUACAGCCAAAUCUCACGUAAGCGACCACCCUUGGUGAACGACAAGUGGUCGCUUACGGGAGGUAGUCGUCUACGGGAAAAUCAAGCAAAAACAGCCAAACUGAACUGAUUAACGUACAUUCUUUUCUUUUUAUAAGAAUGUUGUUUUUUUAGGCUGAAUAUGCUUAUCUUUCUGCCGAUUUUAGGCUGAAAAUAUUCUUGUAUUAUUCUUAAAUUGUAGCCUCUGACUUUUCCGGUUUUGAAUAUACAGGGGUAUUAAUUGCAGUUAGUGACAAUGGCACGUUGUUUUGCUUUUUGGUGGCUAGUUUUGCAAUUAAGAGAAAGAAAUAAUUUCAGUUACAAACAUAUAAUUGUAUUGUAUUAACAGAUUUUCAACACACAAAAUUAUAUUCAUUUCAGCCAUGGGUUAUCAUAUUCUUGAAAUUUUGCAAACUUCAGCCUCGCUAUUCUUAUAAAAUAUAUUCUUAUAGAAAACAAAAGAGUGUACACAUAUGUUAUUCACCGGCUGGGAGGUCCGUAUUGGGAGAAACUGUGCCCGUACUAACAGCGCGGUUAUAAAGCUCGUGAAGCGACAUCACGAGCCACCUGUUUUGCUUUACUUUAACUGUUUUCGUAGCUAACUGCUUUCGUAACUAAACUUUUGUGAAAUUUGAGUAAUGGUUUUCUAAGACAAUCAUACGUGAUCAUGCCGAGUGAUCGCUUACGGAAGACAGAAAACAUUCAUUCAUUCAUUCAUUUAUUUUAUUUUGCCAUCAACCAGAAAUACAACAACAGUAUACAGAAAUACGUUAAAGAUUAUAUACGAUAUUGCAACUAAAUUAUUUACAAGAUCAAAUGUGAUAAAGACAAGGAUGCCUAUAUAGAAGCCGGAAGCUUAUAAACCAUACAAGUUAAGGGUACUGAAUGAAAACAAAAGAAAAAGAAUAUGUCAAAUUUCUGGCCUAAAAGGUAGUCGCGGCCAAAUAAUAUAAGUAAUGGUUGCUUACGAGAAAGUUUUUGAAACUUUAUUUGACUGAUGAAAAACAAAACGAUUUUUUUGAAAGUGGACGCUUUCAGGAGGUGGUCGUUUACGAGAAGUGGUCUCUAUGACAUUGUUGAGAGUAUAACAUACACGCCAACAAAACAAAGUGAGAAAUUUAACCAACGGUUACACUUUUUGAUUCCAUCAAGACUAAACAAAACCAAAAAAAUGGAUCAAUAUCACCAAUCAGAAGCUACAGACAUUACCUUUGGACCCUGUUGAGGAAGGGUUUUUGUUCUUGGGACGUUCGAUCCGUUAGGGAAAUUUACGAAAGCGAAAAACAUAAACUUUUAGGGCUAAUGCACCUAUCAAUGUAAAUCCCGUGGAGGGGGGGGGGGGUGCGGGCAAGGGGCGGGGAUUUGAUGCCUGAGACUAUCCCCCUGUCGGGCUUUUGAUCGUGCGAAGCGACCCCGGGGUCGGGACAUUUGACUUUGACCGACAGAAGUCUGGUAUCAAUUCAGAAGCGGUUACCAAAUCCGUCCCUCGAGGCUUUCUGAAAGUCACGCUGUUGGAGAAAGGUAUGAAGUUUUCAUUUGUUUUAAUCGCCAUAAUCCGAUACUUUAAACUGUCAUCUAAACAGAUAAUGUCUAUUUUGAGAAAGUUUUUAUCUUCAAGUUCCCAUCUGAUGGUAAAACUCGAUUGAAAUCGAAUUCCACCAUGAAAGUCAGAGGAUUUUUUACGGGUUACUGAUCCGACCUGUUCCGACACGUUGAGCAGCUGUUAUAAAGCAUUUUACGUUUCAUUAAUAUUGUAAUAGCACGGUCAAUCUUCCUAGACUGAUUUUGUUGUUCAAAAUAGGAGAUGCUAGUGGAAAGAGAAAAUACUUAAUUACAGCGAGUAAUUUAACGGAGCUUACGUUUAGUAAGGACCUACUUUUGAAAUGUUCAGUAUUAUAGUAUUGUUUGUUUAGAUGUUUUCCCCUGGGGUGGGGGCUUUUUUGACACUUUUGAUUGACCUUUCGUUUCCCACCUUAGGGAAUUUGAUCAAAAAAGUUUAAAAUUUGUCAAAUCCCCACCCCUUGCCCGUACUUCCCCCCUCAUACGGGGUUUACAUUGAUAGGUGCAUAAAUUUUACUUAGGAGUUUGUAAGUUAAGCGCCACAGCUUUGCACCUAACUUAAACACAGAUUCACUAAAAAGUAACUACAAGAUCGCCGAAAUACGAAACAGAUAAAAAUCGUAAGAAAACCAACACAAAGUGCCCAUCCCUUUAAAACGAAUGAUGUAUCACAAAUCAUCUUCAGGACGGAACGUUUACGAGUUCAAAGAUUUACUUGAGAGGAGUGUCUUAUAAAUUACCGGUGUAAAUGUUAUUUUCCCAGUGGUCUUUGGGUAAUAUCAAACAGAUAUUACACAGAUUUGAAAGAGUGAACGGCUCAGUAAAAACAAAACAAAGCCUCCGGGUUCUUGACUCUCUAGAAAUCAAGUUACUAUAUUGCCAAUUAUUUUAAAUUCGCAUUUGCUAUAUCUCGCCCCUUGCUGGAUUCUGAAUUCCUCGCUUUGGAUUCUCGGUUCCAGAUGCUGGAUUCCGAUUCCUUGUCAGUGGAAAUUGGAUUCCGGAUUCCAAUCAUUAGCGGGAUUUCAAAUUCCAGGUGCUGAAUUCCGGAUUCCAAAGCCCAGGAUUUUAGAUUCCACAAGCAAAAAUGUUCUGGAUACCCUGGAUUCCGGAAUCCAGAUUAUCUUACAAAUCACCAUGUCUUUAGUCUCCUCAGAGUGAGCCAUUGACGGAUGAGUUAGCCUCCAACGGACCAGCUAGAGAAGUCUACGCGUAUGAAUUCCUUGGCAAAAAAUAUCUCGAUUUAAAUGAUUUGCAAAAAGCCUUAGAGUACUUUCAGUUAGACCUUGGUAUUGCUAAAGAGUUAGGAAACAAGACAAGAGAGGAAUAUGCUUGCAACCUUCUUGGCGUUACUUAUGGCUCUCUUGGUAAACUAGAUAGAGCCAUCGAGUUCUACGAGAAUGCUCUCCGCAUCGCCGAAAACAAAGGAGAUAACGAUUCAGAAGGAAAAAUAGCUAAUAACCUGGGUAAUGUUUUUGUUUUUCUUGGCCAAUACCAAAAAGCCGUUAAUUGUUUUCAAAAAGCCCUCGGCACUUGCAAAGCCCAUGGAGAUAAACUAACAGAAGGAAAAGCAUACAAUAACCUUGGAAAUACGUAUCAUGCUCUUGGUGACUUUGCAAACUCCAUCGAGUUUUACCAAAAGGCGCUUAACAUUUCCAAACACGCUAAAGACAAAGCUGCAGAAGCAAAGACAUAUGGUAACCUUGGUCAUGUCUACAGAUCUCGUGGUGACAUAAAAGCAGCCAUCGACUGCUACGAAUUGGCCGUCAGUGCUUUCAAAGAGUUUGGAGACACUGCUUCCGAGGCAAUGGCUUAUACUAGUCUUGGUAAUUGUUACAAAUCUCUCGGUGAAUUCAUGACUGCUGUGAAGUAUUACCAGAAGGCUCUUCGUAUCGCCAAAAAAGUCGGAAAGAAGCUUUCCGAAGGAUCGGCUUAUGUAAACCUUGGCGCAGCUUAUUGCUGUCUAGGAGAUUUCGAAAAGGCUAUCGAUUUUCUUCAGGAAGCUGUGAUGUGCGCCAGGUCCGCAGGUUUUAAGGUUUUAGAAGCGAAGGCAAAUAACAAUAUCGGAAGUGUUUAUCGUUCACUCGGGGAUUUUGAAAAAGCCGUUGAAUUCCACCAACAAGCUCUAAACAUUGCCAUAGACGCUGGAGACAAAUCAACACAAGGAGGGACAUACAACCUCCUCGGAAAAGUUCAUUUCUCUACAGGCGACUACAAAUCCGCAAUCGAGUUGUUCCAGCAAGCUCUUUGUAUUGCACAAGAAAUUGGGGAGAAAUAUUCAGAAGGGCUAAUACAUGGAGACCUUGGCUUUGCUUAUCGCUGUCUUGGUGAUAUACGUAAAGCUGAAGACUGCUUCAAGUCAAGUGUAAAGUUAUGCGACAGCCUCAGGGACCUGAUGCAAUCAAAAGACGAGUGGAAAAUCUCAUUCAGGGAUCUACAUAAGAGAUUCUACAGUAGUUUGAUGGUCACUCAGUUAGAGCAGCAUAAGACGUUUGAGGCACUUUUGACUGCUGAUCGGGGACGCGCACAAGCAUUGAUGGACCUUAUGGAGUCACAGUAUAACGUAAAAACUACUUCCGCGAUACCUGAGAUGCAGGCGGAAACCAUUUCAUUCAUUUCAUCGCCGACAAUUUUUGUGGCACAGAUCCCAACCUCAAUCAAUUUUUGGGUACUACAAAAGGGAAAAAAAUUUGAGUUCGUGACGAAACAAGUAGACCGGAAUACUUUGCAAUCUUUGACGGAAGAAGUUUUCAAAGAAAUCGGUGUCUUCCAAAGCGUUAUGUGUGAGAAUCGAUCCCUUGAUGACCCAACAGAUGAAGCCACAGAAGAUUUGCCCGAUGGUAAAUCGGACGAGUCAGGAUUGAAAUCGACUCCUUCCAAGGAUAAUGCCUUAUCAGCAUUGUCGGAAGUGGUUAUGAGGCCGAUUUUACACUUGACACAUGGUGACGAAGUUGUGAUUGUCCCUGACGGUUCAUUGUUCCUAAUUCCUUAUUCUGCGCUUCUGGACAAGCGUUCCAGAUAUUUGUCUGAAACGCUUCGACUACGGCUGAUGCCUUCACUUUCAAGUCUUCGUCUUAUGGCAGAGUGUCCGCUAGAACGUCACAGUACGUCUGAGGCACUGAUUGUUGGUGAUCCGUGGGUGAAGAGUGUCCGCAUCAGAGGUAGCAGCAGACCACUCAAGCAGCUUCCUGCUGCCAGAAAGGAGGCGGAAACUAUUGGAGAAAUUCUGAAGACCCUUCCUCUAAUUGGGGAGUACGCGACCAAAGCUGAAGUGUUAAGCAGACUGAACUCGGUUUCCCUGGUACAUAUAGCAGCACACGGUAGUGCGCGCACAGGAGAAAUUGUGUUGUCUCCUAAUCCUACGCAGUCUAAGAGACCUAGGGAAGAGGACUUUCUUCUGACAAUGGCAGAUGUUAUUAACGCAAAAUUGCAAGCCAAACUGGUUGUCUUAAGUUGCUGCCACAGCGGCCGAGGGAAGAUAAAAGCAGAGGGUGUGGUGGGUAUCGCUCGCGCAUUUUUGGGCGCUGGUGCACGUUCUGUUCUUGCAUCCCUGUGGGCGAUUGAUGACAACGCCACUUUGGAGUUCAUGAUGAGAUUCUACGAAAAUCUGGUGAAAGGACAAAGUGCUAGUAAAUCGCUCAAUAUGGCCAUGAAAUCCAUGAGAGAAUCAGAGAAGUUCAAUGCCGUAAAAUACUGGGCUCCAUUUGUCCUGAUCGGCGAUGAUGUAACGUUGACGUUUGAGUAA